AUGGGAUCUCUAGGCUCUGACGCUAAAUUGCCAUGGAUUAAGACACCAUGUCUUCUCAGCACUCAAUUAUCUCUUCUUACAGGCUGCAAUGUCUACCUCAAGCUUGAAAACCUUCAACCGUCAGGCUCUUUCAAGACCCGUGGAAUUGGUAAUCUAAUGACCCAAGCUGCUGCUGCUGCCACGGGUCCUGUUCAUUUCUACUGCUCUUCAGGUGGCAACGCCGGUCUGGCAUGCGCAACAUCUGCUAUUUCGCUCGGCCAAAAGGCCACAAUCGUUAUGCCUACUAUUAUCAGCCCACUCAUGAAGGGAAAGCUACUUGAUCUGGGAGUAGAGGUACACCAGAAAGGUAAGAACUGGGCCGAGUGCGAUGAGUACAUGCGCGAAGAGCUGGUAGCCAAAGAUCCUUCGGCUAUUUAUGUCGCGCCAUUCGACGACCCUCGAAUCUGGGAUGGAGCAGCAACUAUGGUGGACGAGAUUCGGGAUCAGCUUGAGGGUCGUGUCGAUGGUAUCGUCUGCAGCGUUGGUGGCGGCGGUUUAGUCAACGGCUUGAUGCAAGGUGUCGAGAGCCGUCCCUGGCUAGGCGCAAAGCCCGCUGUUCUGGCUGUUGAGACCGAGGGAGCCGACAGUCUUAACGCAAGUGUUCUCGCCGGCGAGCACGUAACACUGCCUGAGAUGACUUCAAUCGCAACAUCCCUCGGUGCUACAAGAGUGUCUGAGCAGACGUGGAAGUGGAGUCAGCAUCAUUCAGGGACGAUGAAGAGUCUUGUUGUGUCUGACGCAGAUGCUGCCCUAAGUGCUGUACGUUUUGCGGACGAUGGACGACAACUGGUUGAGGUAGCGUGCGGUGCAGCCUUGGCGGUUGCUUAUCGAGGAGACUUAAGGAAGGCUCUUGGGGAGGGUUUGUCUGAUGAAGAAUGGAACAAGAAGAAUGUGGUGUUUGUGGUCUGUGGUGGUUCUGGUGUUACGUUGAAUAUGCUGUCUGAGUACCGGGAAAAGUACUCGGGACAGUCAUCCAUCAAGGUCUAA